GUCAGUUCAACCUCUACUCACUGCUGAAGUCUUUGCCCUUUACUCCAACGUCCUUAGAGAUUGUUUGGAUUGUAGGUUAUUUUGUUUAUUUAAAUUAAUUUAGGAUGAACCGUUAGCCUUGAAAUAUUGAUCUCUAUAGACUUUUUUGUUGUAAAAAUAUAAUUUUAAUUGUGUUCAUAUCUUUUUGGAAUGGAGAAUGGUCUCCACGCGUGGCGUGAAGUUAAAGUUUUCAGAAGGCGAAAAAGUGUUAUGCUACGAACCAGAUCCUGCUAAAACAAAAGUAUUAUACAAUUCAAAGGUUCUAAGUAUUACUGUCGGGAAAGAUGAAAGUGGGAAAAGACUUGUAGAGUUUUUAAUCCAUUUUCAGGGCUGGAAUUCUACUUGGGACCGAUUUGUCACAGAAGAUUAUGUUUUGAAAGACACAGAAGAAAAUCGGCAAUUACAAAGAGAGCUUGCGGAGAAAGCCCAGCUUACAGCUGGUGGCAAUCUUUAUAAACAACGCAAGAAGCGAAGGCGCAAGCUGUCGGAGCGCAUUUCUGAGAGCCUGGAGGCCAAAAGGGUGUGUGAGUCUCCGAGUGAGCCCGCCGGGGACUCGGACCCCUCUACCUCGGGCCCUGAGGAUGACAUUGUACCAAUCCAUCUUAGUGAUGCUAUCAAGAGACAUCUAGAGCUUGACUACCGCCUUGUUACCCAGGAAAAUAAGUUAUCAAAGUUGCCCUGCACACCAAACGUUGUGACUGUUUUGGAGAAUUUCUUCAAGUAUUGGGCUACGAAGCAGUUAAACCAGUCAGUGGGGCACAACAAUGCUGACAAAUCAAAAGAUGCCGACAGCAUUUGUCGAAAGCUAAAUCUUUGCAAAGAGGUUUGUGAUGGUCUCCGAAUAUACUUUGACUUCACGCUUGGGGCUUUGCUCCUCUAUCGCCAAGAGAAAGAACAGUACCGGCAGGCUGUCAGCCAACCAGCAAGUUCCUACUAUCCAAAUGAUGGACUGCCAGUCAUUAUUAAGGCUGAAAUUACGGAUAGUGAUUACGAGGAGAAGUAUAACCCAGAUGGAGAAGACGGAUGCCGUAAGAAGAGUCUACGAUCGUCACACAAGACGAGUACCAACCAUGAACUUACCAAUGGCAAACCUCACUCAACCUCGCUGUCAACAUGCAGUGGGGCUAGUACCAGCUGGAUGGCCGGCAGUGGCCGAGUACAGUCCCCUCGCCACUCAGCCUUGUACACUCAGAUACAAGAGUGGAAGAUCGUUCCAUCAACACUCUACUCCGUCCAACCUUCGCCUCCGUCUCUCAUCUAUGGCGCGACUCAUCUCGCCAGACUUUUCGUCAAACUCCCUGAGCUUCUACAAGCUACAAACAUGCCAGACGAGAAACUAGAAACUGUUCUGGAAUAUUUUGGGUAUUUUCUGAAGUACCUGGAAGACCAUCCGGAAUGGUUUGGAGUUUCAUACUACAAAGACAACCCUGACUCAUUGUCAGAGGCGGAUCAUUAAAUCACUAUUUCAGUGCUCUAUCUUGUAUAUUUAACUGUAUGUAAUUGUAUCUAGUACAAUAACCGUCAACUUUCAUAUUUACCUAAGUGUUUGGCAUUUGUGUGAUAUUAGAUGUUUUUGUAAUGCAUGAAAGUCAUUAUCUAGACAAAUUAAUUUAAGCCUUUUUUUAAAGUUUGGUACCGGUAUCAAUAUAUUUUACAUCAAUAUAACUGUGAGACUGGUUUAAAUGUAGUAUUGGUUAUCUUCCGUACUAGCUAAGGGUUUUUUUAAACGAUAGUGUAACUUAUAAAAAGUUUGUUAUAAAUGUGGAUUUAAUUUAUGCAUCAAUCAUGUAUACACUUAAUAAUUUUAAGAUAAUCAUCUGGCUGAUUGUAAUUGAUUUUGACCGAGUUUAGCCUUCUUAAGGCGGCUUUCCUGGCUGCUGAAUACAGCUGAGGGCUUGUGAAUGUUGUGCGACCUUUGUUUUCCAUGGAUUCACAAAGAAAUGUUAUGUAAAUCUUUUUGUGUAUCUCAAAACUCAUAGACUAAAAAUACUUUUCUAGGAAGCAAGUUUAACUCUAGCCCUUUGGAAAAUUGCACCAUAAUAAGCAGAUCAGUUUAUAGUAAAUUUUUGAUAGCUUUGUUUAGCAACUGUUUGUACAAACUGACUGCGUUUGUAUAGACCUAUUGUUCGUUGAGUUUUUAAAUAACAACUUUGCCUCUGCAUUGAACAAUUAAUUUUAUAAAUAGACUAUUUCAGUUAGUAUGUUUCAGAUUAGCCAAUGCAGAUGUCAAUGAUAAGGUCCAAUUAAAACCUUUUUAAGUAAAACUAUCGGCAAUGUUAAAGCAUGAUACAAUACAACUUAGAAAUCUUAUCAGGUGUAUAUUACAGUUGUAAAAAAUUCCUCUUAUUAGAAUCCAUUUUGCUCUAGUAACUGUAUUUAUAAUUUUAAUAAAUAGUUUUAAAAAUCUACUGUUUCUAACUUGUUAACAGUUUGCAUUCAUCCUGGAGUGAAAAUGUCAGUUUUUAAUACAGUAUACUUUAUUACUUUCUUAUUAAAUGGCGACCAUACAAAGUAGGUAUUUUAAGCCAAGUAUGAAUAUGGAGAUGAGUGUAGGAUGAGUGGCGCGAUCUUGUAGUCUUGUUAGUGACUAAGGCCGACAUUCCUUAGACACAGCUGUUAAUUAAUAGCCCAUACAGCUAAUGGACACUAACGGACCUACAGUUUAUAGUGGAAUCCGAACCACAUAUUUUCAUUAGUAUUUACGAAUUGGUCUAAUUAUCAGGAUGGUACUGUGGAUAGUCGUAGUACUCACUCGUGCGGACGUUAAUCCACACCAGGAAGUAUCGCAUCCACAGUGCAUGCCUAUAAAUAUCCACAAUUCAUGACCUCCUAGUAGCUGGAUUACAAGGACGACGCCACCCGUCCCAGUCAUAUAUAUUGCCAUGCUAAUGUAGUUCAUUGACCUUCUAGAUCUUUAGGGUAAAAAAGAAUCCGAAUCAAAGGAAAUCUGAUGUAAGUGUUAUAUUUCUAGUAACUUCCGUUAAUUUUUCUGGAAAAAAAUAAUUCCAAUUUAUGAUUACACAAUUGUAUUGUUUAAUUUAUUUGUGUUUAUCAUCAUUGUUAAGUAAUCACAAUGAAAAUACCUUUAUCUUUAAACUAACAGAAACGUAAAGAUAUUGAAGUUAUUGAGUUAGCAGAGUAAUUAAUUGCAUCUUUACCCCAGUAAAUAUUUUUUAAAGCAUGAAAAUAUAUAUAUUUGUGUGAAAACUAAGUGUUUUUUUAAUAACAAUUAUGAAAUGAAUUCCUAUGUAAUUUUAUCAAAUAAUAAGGUUUCAUCAAUAGUUUAGUAUUAUGUAAAAUUUAAGUUCAGAGAACCUGGCCAAUGAAAACAUUAUGUUUGUACUUUGCAUAUUAUUACCACUGUACCUAUUGUUUUGCUGUAAUAA